AUGACCAGUGCACAGCUGAGGGAUGCUGAAGUAGGCUUGCCUGCUGCUUGCUUGGCUUGUUAGCCACCUUAGCUGCGCUGGUAAUCCUGGCAGACACAGCCGUUUUCUUCUCAUCCUUUCAAGCAGAAUUAACCGAGGGAGAUACACUACACACAAUGGAGAGGACGCAGCGCAUGUGGUUGUCGUUUGUAUUCCCUGUUGUCGCCAGCUUUUGGUUGGAUGUCAAUGUUAUAGUUUAUAGCUAGAGCUGUCCGGUUAGCUCAUCGAGCCCGCGUCUGGUUAGCGCAGGGCCAAAGCCAAGGCCAAGCGAGACAAGGGAGGCCGUCGUCAGGUGGGCAGAGGAGGGAAGAAGAAAAGUGGAACAUCAGAUUUUGUUACAGACCCUUCUUUGAAGACGCCUCCACCAUCAUCUUAAGUCACUGUCACCCUCCGCUGAGACAUGUCUUCAUCAGGAUGCUGCCACCUACCCGGCUCCCUUUGUGAUUACUCGGGGAACGCUGAAUCCGAUGCCUCCAAGGAUUUGGAGGAGUCUGAUUCUAACACACAAGCCCAAUAUGUUGCCAAGGUGACGGCGAAAGACGGCCGCCCACUCUCCACCGUCGUCAAAGCGGUGAGCCUGCAGAGCGAUGUGGGCAUGUGUCGGAUUUGUCAUGAGGGAGCUGGAGGGGAGACUCUGCUCUCACCCUGUGACUGCACCGGCACGCUGGGAAAAGUGCACAAGAGCUGCUUGGAGAAGUGGCUGUCCUCCUCCAACACUAGCUACUGUGAACUCUGUCACACAGAAUUCACUAUUGAACGACGACCACAACCACUCACACAGUGGCUGAAGGACCCGGGCCCUCGCAGUGAGAAGCGCACCUUGCUCUGUGACAUGGCCUGCUUCCUGCUCAUCACCCCACUGGCCGCCAUCUCUGGCUGGCUGUGUCUGAGGGGCGCCCAGGACCACCUGCAGCUGAAGAGCAGACUGGAGGCUGUGGGCCUCAUUGCGCUCACCAUCGCCCUCUUCACCAUCUACAUCCUCUGGACACUGGUGUCAUUUCGGUAUCACUGUCAGUUGUACUCGGAGUGGAGGAGGACCAAUCAGAAAGUGCGCCUGCUCAUGCCCGACAUGAAAGGAGCGCACACCACCCAACGAUCUGUGCGACCAAGUCGACAAGAAAAUGACUGACGAGACCAUCGUAUGAUGCGGAGCAGUGCCGAGAGGAAUAUUUAAAAUAACGCCCACUGAAGCACUCUCUAAAAAAAA